CUCUUUAAAUCUGUCGGUCGUUCAACUAAGAAUAAAAUGUUGCUCUUGAACCAUCCAAAAACCGGCCAAAGUCUGGAGAUCAAUGAAUUUUGGCUCCGUGAUCAUUGCCGGUGUGGAGAAUGUCUAAACUUGGAUACAAAUCAGAGGCGCUAUGAUAUCUUAGACUUACCUGCCGAUGUAAAGCCGCUGAAUGUUAAAUACGAAGGGAUAAACCUAAAAGUGCAGUGGAGUGACGGUCAUCAGUCCAGCUAUGACGUGGACUUCAUAUUUGAAUCCCAGCUGGAGCAGCUGAUAAGCCGGCGGUCAAAGGCCACCAAUCUGACGCCCUGGAAUCGCAGCAUUAUCUUGCAAAACGAACGCCACUUGAGAUUCAGUUUGCCCAAGCUGGUUUCCAGUGAUGAUGAAGUCACAUCUUUGGUAGAAUCUCUAGUCCGUUAUGGCAUUGUCUUCAUCGAUGAUGUAGUUCCCACACCAAAUAUGACCGAGUUAGCUCUACGUCGGGUUUUCCCCCUUAUGAAAACAUUUUUUGGUGAAAUGUGGACUUUUAGCGAUAAACCGGAUCACGCGGAUACCGCAUAUACCAAACUGUAUUUGGGUUCCCACACAGAUAAUACAUAUUUCUGCGAUGCCGCUGGAUUGCAGGCUCUUCAUUGCAUCGAACACUCGGGUUCUGGUGGUGAAAACUUCUUUGUAGAUGGUCUUCAUGUGGUUCAUGAACUGAAAUGUCGUUUUCCGGCUGCCUAUAAUCUGUUAUGCAGAGUUCUGGUUCCUGGUGAAUAUAUUGAAAAAGGAGAGCACCAUCGCCAUUCGGCUCCUAUAAUACAAGUGGAUCCACUUACUCAGGAAUUUGUUCAACUCAGACUGAAUGUCGCCGAUCGAGCUGUUUUCAAUACUAUCCCCCAAUCCGAGAUGAGCGAGUUCUAUGAGAGUCUAAGGCAGCUUUUAAAAAUUGUUAAAGAUGAUGAACAGCAGUGGAAUCUGAAGUUAUAUCCUGGCAGCAUUGUGCUCUUCGAUAACUGGAGAGUUCUCCAUGGUCGUCAGGCUUACACUGGAAGUCGUACUAUGUCAGGUUCUUAUGUGCAGCGUACGGAUUUCCUAAGCAAGGCUCGGGUUUUGGGAAUUAUCGAAUAAAACCUUUUUAUAUUGAAAGACAUUAUUAAUAAUUCAUAAUAAAAUAAAUAUAAUUUUGGUAUUAAUUAAAAGUUAUAGUCCUUUGUCUCCUUAUGAAGACUUGACAGAUCACUUAACCUACAGUUUCAAGAGUAUGCCUUAGGAUACCUUAAGAGCUGAGUAUUUAUGAAUCAUAUGAAAACAAUAAGAGAUGUAUUUAUUAUAAAUCCUACUGGGCUAUUUAUGAACUAGUAAGAAAAUACUGAAUUCUUGUUAAAUAAUGAUUUUUGAUAUAGAAAGAAAACAUUUCACAUUGUUUAAAUACAUUUUUCCUCAUCUGAGCCAGGGACCUUCUCCAAUUCAAUUUCGAUUGCAAAUGCCAACGCAUCAUAAUAAAAAGUUACGAUUACA